AUGGCGCCGGUCAUCUGGGGCCUGAAUCUUGGGGAGGUUCAAUGGAGCAAAUUCAAGAGCAGUUACAUGUGGAACACCGACUAUCAUCUUCGACGGACCAAGUUCAUCGUAUACCAAUGCGCCCUGAUCUUCUGCGUCGUGUCGGAGAGUCUUGCGACUGCGGCUCUUGGUGAUUAUCGUUUUUCGCAACAAAUGGUCAAGCAGCUCGACUCAAGUGUUUACKUGUACAACAAUGACUAUAUCGGGACCGCAUCCUUCAACAUUUUUGCCGGCAUCUUCGUCGCCAACAUCUUUGGAGCAGCAUUCUUUUUUGAUCUUUUCUGGCCCGAGCGACACGAGUCAAAAAGCGUCAUGAUCGCAUGGAAGACAUGCGGCGUGUUGUCGUGCAUCUUCUCCCUGGCCAACGCUUUGUGGUUUACCGUGAUAACGGCAAGGAACUGUGGUUAUUUCCGCGGAGCAUCCUACGAGUACGGCCAAUCCUUGCUGUCACAAUACACCGUGGAUGGCGGUACCCCAUUGUGCUACAGACACAACCCUCGCAUUGUUGCAGCCGCUGUUUUCGCCUGGCUGGGAUUUGUUAGCGUGGUCCCAAGCUGCAUUCUGUUAUUCCUGAGCAUCGAUCAUAUCGAGAAGGGCCCCGGGCCAAAGUCCAAACAUGCACGCGCGAGAGAUGCCGCCGAAAAGGCUGAGGGUGGGAUGUCAGAGAAGGAGGAAGGGUUAGAAGCGAAUCCACCAGCUCAGCAGCCUACCGUUGGUGGAUUCCAGCAACAGAGCAUAGAUGGAACUCAGCAACAGGGCGUGGAUGGAGCUCAGCAACGGAGUGUUGAUGGAUCAGCUGCAGAUGCCCCGGAGGCCGAAAGCACUCCAAUUGGAGGCCGGUAA